GAACUCGGCUAAUUCGCCUAUUACACGCUAAAGCGUAAAGGUUCAGUGAGGCUCCGUUCGAAUAUAGACGUAUACCCCUGACUACAUACCUUAAAAUGUCAAGGAACGCGAACGCUCAACACCCUGACAUGAGAGAAACACAUUUUUGGCAGAUAGUCACUACCAACUCUAGCUGGAGAGUUUUCGAGAUAGUCCCAUGUCGCCCUGAGUUUAUUGUCAGUGAGUGGAAGAGUUCAAUUAAUGCGCACAACUCCUUCAGUUAAAAAUCCAAGCUGUCCGUUCAGGGUUUCUGCAUCUCAACAAGACUGUCACCCUUGGUUAACAUCAACAUAAAGUUGGUAGAAGAUUCAUGGAGAUGGAUAAACAAAAGUUUACAGUUCGGCGGUACGCCGCUCGGACUCGGCUAUAAAAAGGAGGCUCCCUUAUCAUUGAGCUUAAACUUGAAUCGGACUGCACUCAUUGAUAUGUGAGAAGUUUGUCCCUGUUCCUUAGUCGAAUGUUUAUGGGCAAAAUUUGCAUUUGCAUAUAGUCAACAAGAGUUUGACUCCAACAAUUAGAGGCGUUUAUUGUUAAAAUAAAAACAAAUUCAGCAAAUCAUUAUAAGAAAAUCCAUUUUGAAAACCAGUUAAUUAAUCUUCUAUGAGCUCACUUCUGCUGUAGACAUUCUGAGCAAACAUAGAAACCUUUGAUUUUUUAUUUCAAAAAGAAAACUACAAAAGAUUUAGCAAUCAUUACUUCAACUAAAGCUGUUCAGAAUUGGCAUUGGCGAAAUCAACUCUAACAAAAACAAAAAAUGGAACAUAGCUAUUUUCACGAUAGCAAUCGAGUGGAGAUAUCAAAUGGACUGCAACCAGCUCGAAUGAUUUUAGUACGUCGGCCACCACAAUGUCCCUUGUGCCAUACGCAGCCGUCGGAGGAAGAGGAGGAUAUAAAUGAUAGAAAUCAAGCAGCCAUACCUUUCUACAAUGAAAAAUCAACUAAUGAGACCAUGAACGAAAGUGAGCGUGUGGCGAAAUUUGUGGAAAAUAAUAAUGCAGAUAAUGAAGACUGGGAAAUGAAAAUCGAACAAAUUGGAUGGUCUACCAAACAAAAGUCUUUGUUUGCUAAAGUAGCUCGCCUGUUGGACAAUGAUCAGUUGUCUCGUUUGGCUAAUUGCAGUCGACCUGAUGAAGCCAUGCAGCGUCGCGCUAUAGUUGAUAAGUCUGCGGUUCGAAUGCGUCGAGCUUUGGCCUCAGUGGCCUGGGAAACUAGCUUAACGCAAUGGCUGCACAGUCUACUUAUGAAUUAUUUGCCUGCUUCUUACAUGGCUUCCUAUAUAGACAUACUGCAGACAUUGAAAUCCAAACUACCUACUCUAAUGGGCAAGAUGCUAUUUGGUCGCCCAUUAAAUGUGAAUCAAGAAAUUUUGAUGGGACCAGUUGUAAAAAAGAAAUGGGAACCUCAAAUUGACGUAAAAUCGCGUGAACUUCUCCAUAAUGCUGUUAUAUUAGCUCUGCCCUCAAUGCCAAUGGGUGGGCCAGUGCCUAACCGUUUGCAGAAAUGGUAUCAACAUUUGGCCACCAUAACGCAAAUAGUUCAGGUGACAUUACCCAAUACAGGUGGUUAUAUCUCUCGCCAACCCUGGGAGCAAGUAGCUGAAGAAAUAGUCUCCUUGACACGAGUAAAAAUUAACGAAUUACGCAGUGAAGAUCCCCAACGCAACAUAAUUUUAAUUGGUUUCAAUGCAGGUGCUUCAAUGGCCUUACAAGUGGGCAGGUCGGAGAAAGUGGCAUGCAUUGUGUGCAUGGGGUUUGCCUAUAAUACCUACAAUGGAGUUCGCGGUACCUCGGACGAUCAAAUUUUAUAUAUUAAAGUACCAAUACUAUUUGUGAUAGGACAAAAUUCGGAAAAAUCAAGCCCAGAAGAAAUUGAAUGCUUACGAGAAAAUAUGCGUAGCCAAUCGUCUUUAGUUAUAGUGGGUAGUGCCGAUGAUUCUUUAAGGGUGCCCACAUCAAAACGGAAGAUAGAGAACGUGACACAGUCAAUGGUAGACACAAUGGUGGUUGAUGAGAUCUAUGAUUUCAUAAAGAAUACCUUGGCCAACCCUCCGGGACAUCGCAGACCAACGAAAGUAAACAGAGAUAUUUGCAAAAAACUAAAUAAAUUGGCCUCGUCUGAAGAAUAUGAUUGCAGUGGAGGACAGCAUAAACGCAAACAAGAAGAUUCGGAGGACACAACAACAGUAACUAAAGAUAUGGAAGACAUAAAAUCCAAGCAAGAUACAAAGGUUGUCAAGAAACCCAAAAUUCAAGAUCCCUUGCAACCCAAGCGAAAAGUUGGCAGACCACGAACUCGUCCUUUGCCUAAUACUACUAAAGAAUGCAAGCGACUAACGGGCAAGCAUUCUCAAAUUUAUACAUCUAAACCGGUUUUAAAGGGUAAAGCAAGUUCAAUGACCGGCAUAAUGACAAUACCAAGAGCCUCUCCAAAUAGCAAACAAACCACGAGUCGUCUACCGCCUAUAUCGGAUAUUUUUACAUCCACAUCGGUUUUAAAAGAUAGAGCGCAUUCAAUGAACAGAAUGAUGACAACAACAGGAGCCUUAGCAAUAGGCAAACAAACUACGAAUCGUCUACCCCUCAUGUCAGAAAUACAUAAUCCUGAUGCCACUGUGAUAACCAGCAUUGACUACAAAUCUCAAAAUUUUGAAUCCAACUGCCAUACUUUUCCCCAGUGUGAAGAAAUGGUGAAGAUGAUCCCAAGAAAUUUUCCACCAAACCUGGGUGGAUCAUCAGCAGCAGUUGUUACAAACAUGACAAUCAUAACUUCCAAUCAAUUUGAGCCUUAUAAACCAAACUUAAUGCCACCGUCAUCUGCGACAGUUGGUACAAAUUUCAAUCUAUGUUUGCCAUUAAAACCAGUUAUCUUGCCAUCGCCAUCAAAAUCCUGCACACUUAAACCGCGCCCACUACUGGACCAAACCCAUAAUGAUAGACUGGGUGUGCCACAAAUUGGAAGUAUGGUAACUACGAUCCCUAGUACUGCAACAGCUCAACAUUGUCUCUCAUUUGACACACCAAAUGGUCAAUUUGCCACUGCUCUGGAUAAUAUACCCACAUUUACCAUCAUUAAAAAAUCUACAGCCCCACAAAAACCAUUGUUGCCAAUAACCUCUACCACUACAGCAUCGUCUUUGACAACCAAUAAUUUGAAUGUAUCUAACAUUAUGGACAUGCCUGUAAUAUUUGCCGACAAUGGGUGUAUCAUUUCGGAAGACAUCGAUACCUAUCAAACAUCUAAUCUGGACAUAGCAUCUUCGGGCAUUGAUCAUCAGCACUUAACAGGCCAGCCUAUUGAAAAGAAAACCAAUUCCCCAACCAUUAUCACUUGCAGCAAAAGUGGCUGCAAUUAUCUUAGUUUGUAAACCGAAUUAUUAUUUAAAUAAAGGAUAAAUAAAGAAAAAAUCUA